GGGCGGUGGGGACAUAUGAGAGAAAUCUUGCGGUGGCCACGUUGCCGGACCGAACAACGGCCGUUCCGUUCCGGCUGUGCCGAGUGAUCCGACUGAGUGCCGUCUGGCGAUUUCCCCGGCCGAACGCGACGCGUCUCUUAUCAGCGACGGUCCGGCAACUCCGCACCAGGUGUUUCACCAACAACUGUUGCAAAAUGGCUGACGAUAAUAAAAUUAUUGUCGCGGUAAAAUACGAACGCCUCGGCGACGUCCGCGCACAGGACCGCAACAUAACUGUAGGAGAGAUAAAGGAUAUUGUUCCCCAGAGUUCCCGACUUCCCGUCGUCGUCCUGCAACUCACAAGUAAUCCGGAAAUGGCAUGAGCACAACGCCGUCACGUCAUUUCGCGCGUUUCCGGAUUCUCGUCCGCGAUUCGUACUAUUCCUGCCGAAUUGGGGGUACGACGGCCACUGGGCACUGGCACACCACAGCUACACUGCUACAGGUCGAUCGCGGACGGUACAUCAUAAUAAUGUUGUUUGUUGUUAUUACGAUUUUCGGUUGUUGUACUAUUUUAUCAUGGUCGGUACACCGGAUCUGAUCGUGUAUUCGUGUCGGCCGGUGUACCGUGAAAAAUACCAUCGUAUUACGACUAUCACAAUAUUAAAGUACACAGCUGCUACGACGGCGACGGUCCCCCAUGAAAGUGAUGACGACGAAAUGUUCGAUUUUUGUGAUCGCAUCUUAUUAAGACUUGCGUUGCACACUUGUACCUACGAACAAUAAUAUUAUGCUUUGCAUCCAUUGUGGAUGGACAUAUACGUGUACCUAUAUAUAUUAUUAUAUUCACCGUUCGAUGGAUGGUUAAAUACAAUAUAUUUUAUAGUUCAAAACUUAUCUCAAAUAUAAAAUCGAUAUGAAUUAGAGAACAUUGCAUAAUGCUUCCGUAAUAUAUCGCUCGUUGCGGUUAUGCGGUCGUCAUUUUUUUUAUCACCUUCUUUUAGGUUAAAUGUUGUUAUAGACCAAUAAAAUAAUAAUUAUUAUAAUAACAAUUGUUUAGGACUUUAGGAACAGGUAGUAGGUACCUAUUUACCUAAUACCUACUCACUAUUAUGUUUGGUCUCCAUGGUACCUCUGAACAAUAACAAAUUAAAGUUGGGACGUUGUGUAAUGUGUACCUACCUAAAUGUAAUAACAAAUAAACAUUGGCUACAUUUACUGAUAUUUUUAAACAUGGCUUUACAGACGUAUUCAAUUUUAUAUUUAAAUUUAGUGUGUGAAAUGAUUUAUGUUGUGGCAGAAAGAUUAAAAACACAAAAAAUUCAAAUAGACAAAUCCAAAUUAGUUCUAAAUGAUAUAAUUGCCGCAUCACUUAACUGUCCAUUUUUAUUUGUACCAACAUCUAUCAUUAACAAAGAUAUUUUAAAUAAAAGUAUAUGUUGUGCAGUUCAUUCCUCAAUUAUGCGACUGAAUGAUUCUAGUAUGGAAAAGUUAAUGGGUUUGAUAGAAACCUCGGUAAAAAUGCAAAUGUUCUCAAGUAAUGGUCCAAGGCAAGUAUUAUUAGUAACAUUGAAUCAUUUAGAUUCUAUCCGUGAACUGGCAUGUACUCAUCAACUGAAACAAAAUAUAGAUGUCGUACAACACAAUUUCUAUCAAACUUUUGAGAAAAUGACAAACGGAGAAAUAAUGAGACUACGUUAUGCAAUGUUGAAUUAUUUGCAAGAUAUCCAUGUUAAAGUUACCAUAUUUAUUAAAGAAGGUUUACAGCGGUACAACGGAUCAUUUGUUUCAGUAGGAAAAUGGGUGAUUCCACAUGGAUGUGAAGCUCCGGGUGUUAUAAGAGUAUUCAAUAAAAAUAGUACUCUUAUUGACAUUAGUACAUUUCAUCCAAUAUCAUUUUACAAGGUAGAAACCGAAAUAGGUUCAAUUAAGCCAAAUAGUCCUCGGAUCACUACUCUCGGACUUUCAAUAUUUAAUAUUAAUAAAAAUAUUAAUCAACCUUCUGAAGAAACAUCAGAUCCAUUAUUUAAUGGCCAGACUAGUCGCGAUGGAUAUAAACAAGAAAUGGAUCUUUUUGUUACCCAAUUGAUGGGUAACGAUAAUGAUAGUGAAGAAAUGACUAAUUUGGAUCUUGAAAUAUUAGAUACUUCAUUAAACACAAGUGAAAACAAAAUCGAAGAAAAAAUGUCAGAACACAAUAUUUUAGAUUUUACUCAAAUUACUAGCAAUUUGUCUUUACAAAAUAUAAGAACGGAAAUGGACGAUUCAGUUUCAAGACAAACUGGAGACAUACUAAACAUGAUGCAGUUAUUAGAUUUGGAAUAAUUACCUGUUUA